UUCAUUAAGGUCAAGCAUUUAUUUACAUUUAACAAUAAUUGUUUAAGUCAUUUGUUAUUUUAAUGUUGGAGUAAUUUGAUUUAUGAAAUUUAAAUUUUAAUAAUUCGAAUAUUUUAAGCGCGCGGAAUUAUUUGAUAAUUGGGAUCAGAAAAAGUUAUUGUGUAGAGCUAAUUUUAAUCGGAAUCGCGAUUUAGUUAAGACAGAGUGUGGUUAUCAGUAUUACGAAAGUGUGAUGUGUUUAUGAAUAAAUUUAAUUUAAUAUCAACAGCAGUCAGACUCGUACGUAUUAAUACUACAUAAUUAUUUUAUUAAAUUCUAUGGCCUGGACAGCUAGAUUUUUUCCAAUUAUUAAAUUGGGUAGAGGUAGCAGAUUAUUGUCAGUAAGUUCAAUAAAUUAUGGGUCAGUGAUUCCAUUUAAAUUAUCAGAUAUUGGCGAGGGAAUUAAAGAAGUCAUUGUUAAAGAAUGGUUUGUAAAACCAGGAGAUAAAGUAUCACAGUUUGACAAUAUCUGCGAAGUACAAAGUGACAAAGCAUCAGUAACAAUAACAAGUCGUUACGACGGGCAAAUUAAAGCACUUCAUUAUAAAGUCGACGAUGUAGCACUUGUUGGAGAUGCUUUAGUUGAUAUCGAGUUACCAGAUGACAAUUCUCAAGAAGUUGUCGGUGUCAAUGAAGAAACAAUAGCUACUAAGAAACAGGAGCCGAUACAAGGGGCUGCAAAUGAACUUUCCGAGGUGAAUAAAGGGGAAGAUAAUAACAACACCAAAGUCCUUACGACACCAGCAGUAAGAAGACUGGCUGCCGAGAGUAAUAUUGACCUUAAAGACGUUCCGGCAACGGGAAAAGCCGGCAGAGUUCUUAAGGAAGAUAUUUUAGCUUACUUGGAAGCUGGUAAAUUUAUUAAACCUCAGAAUGUCGAUAACCGAGGAGCGAAUAAAAGUGAGGAGAGGAGGGACAACGAAGAAAUUGUUCCUCUGAUGGGUUAUCAGAAGCACAUGUGGAAAACUAUGUCGCAGUCUCGGAGUAUUCCCCACUUCGUUUAUUCCGACGAGUGCGACGUGACCAAGUUACUGGAGCUACGUAAUGAAUCAAAGGAUUAUCUAAAGACGAGCCACGGAAUUUCAUUGUCAUUUACUCCGUUCUUUGUUAAGGCGACGUCAAAGGCAUUGGAAAAAUACCCGAGAUUAAAUUCAUGGCUCGAUGAACAAGCACAGGCACUAAAAAUAUUCAAAACUCAUAAUAUUAGCUUAGCUAUGGACACAACACAAGGCUUAAUUGUUCCCAAUAUCAAGGAUGUACAGAAUCUGGGGAUUAUUGAUAUCGCCAAGGAACUUAAUCGGCUCCAAGCACUGGGUCAGAAAGCCGCCUUCCCAAUUGCUGAUGUCACUGGUGGUACUUUUACUUUGUCUAAUAUUGGAGCUAUUGGGGGAACAUACGCGAAGCCAAUGAUCCUUCCACCGCAAAUAAUAAUUGGUGUGAUUGGCAAAGUACAAAAAUUACCACGUUUUGAUAACAAAGGAAGCGUAACACCAGCAAAUAUUGUUUGCGUAAGUUGGGCAGCUGAUCACCGGGUUGUCGACGGUGCCACAGUGGCUCGAUUUUCAAAUCAAUGGAAAUUUUAUGUAGAAAAUCCCCAUCUUCUGAUGCUGUAAUUUACUAAAUAAUUAAAGUCUACAAACCGCAACAAUAUUCAAAACGUUUUGUUAUAAAUAUAUAAAGGAUCAAGUACGAGACUUAUUAAUAUAUUUAUAUUUAUAUAUAGACAUA